CGAAUCAGGGAGGAGCUUCGUGUAAUGAUCGCAUGUGCCCAUUUUAGUGGAAUUGUGUAAAUAUUGUUUCAGAAGUUUACUUUUUAAUGAUCUUUCUUCCACUUGCUUUACUGUCGUUGUGGUGAAGGGAAGAGCAUAUAGCCAUGGCUGCGCUUUGACAGAACUGCAAAGUUUUGAAUUCUGGGCUACUCGUGAAAAUCGGUCGGUUCUAGAAAAUACCGCUAAAGUUCAGUGUGGCUCCACAGUACGACAUCGUGGGAAUCUCGAUUCGAAAACUCAUUGCCUGCAUUUAGACUUACUGCUGAAUGUUUACAUUUACACUACACUUGAGGACUUCAUUGCGGAUUCACAGUGAAAACGUUCUAGGAAUCAACCUUCUGAGAGUGGCAGAGGAUGCUUUCAGUGUCAGACCCCCAGAGUGACAUUUUACGGGAGGAUUAUUCUUAAUUUCUGGGGUUUUUUCUUAGGCAAGCCUAGGAAUCUAGUAUUAUUGAAUUAAUAUGGGUUGCCUGUGCAGUAAAGACCAACGUAUUGAGAAGGCACGUAAAGACUCAAACAAAAGGAUUAAUAAACAGCUGCAAGAAGACAAGCAUAAUAACCAAAUGACUUGCCCGCGCCAGUUGCUGCUGUUAGGAGCUGAUGAAUCUGGGCAACGCACGAUAGUAAAUCAGAUGCGCUGUUUACAUGUGGAACCCACUGCACAGGAGAAAAUGCAUUACAUACAAAACAACAGUAAAAAUGCUUCAGGGAUGUCCGAGACAUUUUUCGAGAUGGAUGGUAUCCAUUUUCAUGUAUCUAAUGUUAGAGGUCAGAGGUACGAAAGCAGAAAGUGGAUGCGGUGUUUUGCUGACGUGUGGGAUGUUAUUUUUGUGGUGGACAGCAGCAGCUAUGACAUGGUGAUUCAGGAGGACAGCCAGACCAACGGGCUGCAGGAGGCCCUGAACCUCUUCAAGAUCAUCUGGAACAACAGGUGGCUAAGGACCCUUCCAGUCUGGGUCUUACUGAACAAACAGGACCUCCUAGCAGAGAAGAUUUUGGAGGGGAAAUCAAAAAUGGAAGAGUAUUUCCCAGAAUUUGCACACUACACUAUGCCGGAAUUUUCAACACCAGUACCAGGGGAGGACCUUCGUGUCACCAGGGCAAAGCACUUCAUACAUGAUGAGUUUCUGAAGAUCAGUACAGCAGGCCAACCAGACGAAAGGGACUGUCAUCUGGUUUUCACCUGUGCAGUUGACACGGAAAACAUCCGGCUCUUCUUCCGUGUCUUGACAGAUAGCCAGCUUGGUAGAUUUUCGACACUGAGACACUUAUUUUUCACCGACUGAGACAAAUGUCAAUGAUUCGAUUACUUGAGACUUAAUUACCUUGGCAUAAAAUAAAAUAACUUGAGAUUUUACUUUGGCAGUGUUCCAGGCCAACUACAUUGCAGUUGCCAGAUCUCACAAUGCCUGAAUAGGUGUUGAACAUAUCCACUAACCACAUCAUAUAAUAUAGCACUCUGACUGCAAUGUUGAUGACUGCAAUUUAUUCGCCCUGGAACAUGGCCUACGACUUGUAGACUCCGCUGACAUGAGAUACUUUUGAGUUCAAAUAUUUUUGUAUUGUUUUGUUACUCACUGUGGCAUAUAGUUUUCUGAAAUAGGACCGCAAACCAAAGCCAAUUUGAGUAAACAGAACUAACCUUC